AUGGUAAAAAUACUAUGCGUUGCUGAGAAGAACUCUAUUGCAAAGAAUGUCGCUCAGAUCCUCUCUGGUGGGAGAAGCAGUAUGAGACCAUCGACUUCUCCAUAUAUCAAGAAUUACGAUUUCCAAUACGAUUUCCAAUGGCUUAACAUGGGCCGUUGUAACGUGACAAUGACAGCUGUCGCUGGUCAUUUGAUGAAUUUAGCAUUCUCACAAAACGAAUAUGGUUGGGGUAAAUGCGAUCCGAAUUUGUUGUUCGAUGCGCCAACAAUUGACGAGAUGGACGAUAAGAUCGUUAAAAAUUUACAGAACGAGGGUAGACAUGCUACACAUUUGAUGAUUUGGACCGAUUGUGAUCGUGAGGGAGAAUGUAUUGGUUGGGAAAUCGUACAAGCUGUCAAUAGAUCAAACUCUAGCUUGGUCUCUUCAGAUUCGGUGUACCGUGCAGUUUUCUCUCAUUUGGAGCCAUCUCAUAUUAUCGCGUCGGCCAAUCGUCCCAGGAAGUUGGACCAACGUCAGGUGGACGCGGUACGAGCAAGGCAAGAAAUUGAUCUACGAGCAGGCUUGGCUUUCACUAGAUUACUUACAGGAAAUUAUAGAUCGGUGUUACAAUCUGAUUUGGAAUAUAAACAAUUGGCAAAGAAAGAUGAUAAACCAGUUAUAUCGUACGGAACUUGUCAAUUCCCCACGUUGGGUUUCGUCGUUGAUAGAUAUGAAAGAGUUAUAAAUUUUAUACCAGAACAAUUUUGGCAUAUAUUACUCUCUGUCAAGGAUCUCGAUGGCUCAGAGAGUAAAGUAAAAUUCCAGUGGGAAAGAGGUCAUCUUUUCGAUAGACUGGCAGUACUGUCCAUUUAUGAACAUUGCAUCGGAACAUGCGAGGAUAGGGCAAAAGUAAUACAUGUUUCUAGCAAAGAUACAAAGAAGUUUCGACCUUUGCCCCUAACGACGGUCGAAUUGCAGAAAAAUUGUUCCCGGUUCUUCAAACUAAGUGCUAAGAAAACUUUGGACGCUGCGGAAAAAUUAUACCAACAAGGUUACAUCUCAUACCCAAGAACUGAAACGGAUAAGUUCCCAGCAAAGACGGACCUCAAAUCAUUGCUCAAUAAACAUCAGGGUCAUAGCGAAUGGGGUCCUUAUGUCACAAACCUUAUGAACGAAAAUUCAACUAGUACAAAUAAAUACCAAUGGCCAAGAAGCGGUAAUCAUGAUGAUCAGGCGCAUCCACCUAUUCAUCCAAUUCUUUGUGUUGACAUUGCGAAAACUGAUAAUAGAAUGACCUCAGACGAGAAAACUGUUUAUAAUUAUGUGGUAAAACAUUUCUUAGCUUGUUGUUCAACGGAUGCUAGGGGUAGAUCAACUACAUUAAAGCUUGACUGGGGUGGUGAAACAUUCUAUGCAAAUGGUAUUCAGGUUCUUGAACGAAAUUUCUUAGACAUCUACCAAUGGGCAGAUUGGAAAUCUAAUGAUACGUUACCUGCUUACCAGAUGAGCGACGAUGUAGUGGUAUCAAAAACUGAAAUGAAAUCAGGGCAAACAUCUCCUCCUAAGCACAUGACUGAAAGUGAAUUGAUUAUGCUCAUGGACGCUAAUGGUAUUGGCACGGAUGCGACCAUUGCUGACCAUAUUGAAAAGAUCAAAUCACGGAAUUAUAUUAAAGUUCAAACUGGAUCCGGAUCUGGCGCAAAGAAAACUGCUUCUGUCUUUCUCCCCACCUCCUUGGGUCGUUCUUUGGUACAUGGUUUUGAAAAGAUAGGGCUUGAAGAAUCCUUUUCGAAACCAUUUUUAAGAAGAGAUCUUGAAAAGGAUCUACAGCUAAUCUGUGGAGGUACAAAGGAUAAGAAAGACGUUGUAUCAUUAAUCAUCGGCAUGUAUAGAAAUUAUUAUCAGAUCACGACCAGUCAAAUGAGGAAUUUGAUUAAGGUUUACAACGAUAUUAAAGCAGAAAGCCAAGGCCAAGUUACUCAGCGAAACAGAGUAAAUUAG